CUAACCUUGGCAUUUGCUAUGUACAAACGUGUGCAACCUCUAAACCUUUCCCUUUACAUUUAAUCUCAUUGACAUUAUCUCUACCAACAUUAUGAACAAGCAAUGUGCGCGUCAGUUAAAUACAGCAGAUACCUAAGAACAGGCUCACUUAAGAACCCCGCAUGGCAAGCAGCGAUGCACCUACUUCCUGCAGCUACCAUAUCGCAUUGCUCUGCCUCUGAUGAUACUUUCCGGGCUCUUCCAUUAGCUCUUCCCCUAGUCCAUCCUUCUCGUCAGUUUUGAAGGUUAUGCUUUCGAUAAUCAGACAAGCGUCUGGAUCAGAACGGAUACCACCGGACAGUUCUGGUUUGGAUGCUCCCCACUCGGCGUGACACUUUCAAUGUCGGUAGCAUUUUCAAUAAUACUUGUUCUCUUUACUAUUGCCAUGAUACGCUUCCAGACUGCUGCACCUGUUAUGGCAAGCUAUAGUGCGGCUAUUUCUAUAGCUUGCCAUACUCCAUCAGGGCAAAAGCACAAUUCUUUGAUCUCUGGACUGCAAUGGGAAGUCAUAGGUUACUGUAUAUAUGGUUUUGGGCACUCCAAAUUCUCUAAAGGGCUUGUAAUUCAACCACAACAUGGGAUACCCUACGGUGGAAGGACCUUGGCUAGGUUAUAAUCAAUCCGAUAUCAUACGU